CUCAUUUUCUCGGGAAAAUGUAGGAGAGAAAAUUCGGGAAAGAAGAUAGAGAGAGAAAGAAAGAAAGAAAGGGGGAACAGUUCGAUUGGAUUUUCACGAAUUUUAGAGCUGAAUGAGAGGAGGAAAAUUAGUGAGAUAAUUACAUUUCAUUUUAAUCUUCUUUGGUUUUACUAUUAGUUACCAGAUCCUCAACCUGCUCUUUCUCGUCUGGAGGUGUUUGUUUAUCUGUGUAAUUGAUUCUUAUCAUCAGUUGCUACCGAUCGUGUUGGUCAUGGCGGCGAAGAGGAAGGAGCGGGCUUUCGACGUGCUAUACGAUGAUGUGGAGCCGGUUUCUGAGUUGGAGGCAUGCAAUCGUUUUCAAUUUUGGAUUACACCAGAUCUAAGACAAAGUUGUCGAACACAAGGGUCUAUUGAGAAGGCUGACAAUGAAAUACAGAGACAUAUGGUACCACCUCAGUCAAGUAAAAACUUUACCAACUGCUUCAUGAAUCAGCCAGUUCAUAUGAGAGGCGAGUCUGGAACUUGUAAUGUGUGCUCUGCACCUUGUUCAUCUUGUAUGCAUCUUCAACGAGCACACACAGUUUCAAAGACUGAAGAAUUUUCUGAUGAAACCAGUCAUGUUAACUUUACAAGUCAGUAUUCUGCUAAUGGUGCUGAUGCUAUAUCCUCCGUAAAGAGUAGAGCAUGUGCAAGCUCACUACUUAGUGUUAGCUCUGGUCACGAUUCCUUUUCCGAAAAUGCUGAUAGUACGGCAACUAUAAGGUCAUCUAAUUGGGAUGACACUUCAGUAGACGUUGAUAUGCGUAAACAGUUAUAUAGUGGAAUAGUUGCAGAGGGACAUAUUGCUUCUGAGUCAUCCGUUCAAACCGUUUUGGAGAAGCAUGAGAGUAUCGGUGCAGAGGGCCAUGAUGACAACACUUCAUGCAUUAGUGGAUCUAGUAAUGCAAAUAUGGCAGUGGUUUCUCACCAGAAGAUUAUGGACAAUAAAAAAUUAUCACAUGGAUCUGCUUCAGUGGGUAGUUUAUGUCGAGAAGGAUCAGAUAAGGUAGUAUUUUCCUCCAAAUUAGCUUUUUCAGAGAUUCCUGCUUCUAAAGAGGUUCACAACAGCUCUACGGACGAACGUGCUCUACACUCUCUUUCUCCAAGUGGUAAACCAUUAUCUGAAAUGGGUUUUGAACAGAAUUCAUCCACUUGUGUGAAGGAAGAACCAUUAGAAUCAUCUAUGGUGCAUAAUGACUCUUUGACUAGAGAAGCCGUUAGUGUUCCACCUCAUGGGGAAAAAUCUGUUACCAACACAUGCAACAAGGUUUGUGAUGAUUCCAAGGUUCCUUCACAAAUUUUACUGAAGUCAGAAAAAGAGAUUCAUGAUGAUAGAAAUGAGCCUCCUGAUGAAGACGUGAAAAAUCAGCAUGAAGAUGAGCAAGAUGAAAAUUUCAGGGACUUGUCUGGGAAAUCUGAUGUGAAGGAGCCCUAUUUGCAGUCUGCAUCUGGAUCAGAGAGUGAUGAAUCGGAUAUUGUAGAGCAUGAUGUCAAAGUUUGUGAUAUUUGUGGUGAUGCUGGUCGUGAGGAUUUGCUUGCUAUAUGUAGUAAGUGCGCUGAUGGUGCAGAACACACCUAUUGCAUGCGAGAAAGGCUUGAUAAAGUUCCUGAAGGUGACUGGCUGUGUGAAGAAUGCAAGUCUGCGGAAGAAAAGGAAAUCCAGAAGCAAGAUGUUGAAGGGAAUGGCAACCUUUCCUAUAAAAAAAAAGAUGAAGGGAGAAGGACAAACGUCGUCAGUCCAAGUACCCGAGUUUCUGAUGCUGAGGUAAAAGGAGUAAGCAGAGAUAGCUCAAGUAUGAGAAACUUUGGCAAGAAGAACGUAGAAAAUGUUGAUGUAUCUGUAGCUGCAAAAAGACAGGUCCUUGAAACUAACAAAGGUUCAACAAAAGCAUCCAGCCCUGGCAGGAGUAUUGGAUUAUCCCGUGAUUUUUCAUCAAAAAGCUUAGAUAAAGGGAAACUGACUUUUUCUCAACCAAAGAGUUUGGGUGAUCAAUGUAGUAGUGAUCUUUCAGAAAUGGCUCGCUCACCAUCUGUUGGUUCAAGACUUCAGACACUCAAGGGUUCUCUUUUAAAGUCUAAUUCAUUCAACACCUUAAAUUCCAAACCGAAGGUCAAACUUGUUGAUGAGUUUAUACCCCAAAAGCCAAGGGGUGCUAGAGAACAUACCUUCCUUGAAGUCAAGGAGGGGCCUGUCAGAGCUUUAGGAAAAUCUCAAUCAUUUAAAACUCCAAAUUCUGGACGUGUAGUCAUGGGUGAAUCAAAAGUUAAAAUGCUACUGUCUAAGUUUCCUCAUGGCCAGGAUCCUAAAGGUAUAAAACAAGUGAAGGACAGGAGUAUAUUAGAAAGGAAAAAUCCACCAAAAGUAGAUCGUUCCUGGAUUAGUUCAGUUACAACAAGUUCUGUUUCAACAUCGAUGGUUGAUCAAAAGCUCUCAUUGCGUGAUGAAACCAAUUUGUCAUCUGUAAGCAACAAUCGAGAUCAAAAAGUUAUGCAGUCUGAUGGAGUCUCAAGUACUCACUCCAAAUUGAGAAGCAGUCUAGUUCAUAAGGGUGUAGAUAAUCCACUCAGUCCAGUUAGGGUCCUAUCCACUAAUGGAAUUUGCAGUUCUGUUGAUCAAAAGAUAAAUCAUGUUAGCCCCAAGGAGGAGCCAUUAUCCAGUUCCCUAACUGUUGAGAGGCCGUCUUAUAGUGAUAAUGGAAGGUCACGAGAAAUGAUAGGACAAGAUGAGAAGAAUAGGGAGAGUUCUGCAAAUUUAUCGAAGCCUACUGUUGCUACUAGUCCAAAAAGUGGUCAGUGUCAAAAAUGUAAAGGAACUGAACAUGCUACAGAUUCUUGUAUUAGUGGUAGUCCUUAUGUUGCUGAUAAUAAUACAAGUAGCUCUAGAGAGGAGACAUGUGAGGAGAACAAGUUGAAGGCCGCAAUUCAAGCAGCAUUGCUUAGAAGACCUGAAAUAUAUAAAAGGAGAAAAUUUAGUGACCAAUCUGAUGAAGUUUCCUCAUCAAGCACGGUUUCAAAUAGUGAUAUAGUGCAUCAAGAUCAAUUUCCAGUUUCAAACAAGUUAAAAAAUGAGAUUUCUGCUGAAAGAGCAUACGAAGGGAAGGCAACUGUCACUAGUUCUGCUACUAGCUUUCAUAGGCAACCAGCUGCAAGUAUUUCUAAGCCACCUGUCGUGCUCAAUCUUGAGGCUCCUGUUCCUUCAAAAUUGGAGGAUACAGUUUCAACUACCAUUCCUGUUGAAAAGGAUAGGAUGAAAGAGUUGUUGGGUCGUGGUUCAACAACCUCACUUUUGCUGAAGAUGUCAGUGAUACCGGAGUAUGAAUAUAUAUGGCAGGGUGGUUUUGAGUUGCAUAGCGGUGGGAAACUUCCAGAUUUUUGUGAUGGAAUUCAGGCUCAUCUGUCAACUUGUGCAUCACCAAAAGUUAUUGAAGUGGCAAACAGACUUCCCCACAAUAUUUCUUUGAAAGAAGUACCUCGCUUGAGCACAUGGCCCUCUCAAUUUCAUGACUGUGGUGUUAAAGAAGAUAAUAUUGCUCUGUACUUUUUUGCAAGCGAUAUUCACAGUUAUGAGAGAAAUUACAGAAAUGUACUGGAUCAUAUGAUCAAGAAUGAUUUAGCACUCAAAGGAAACCUUGAUGGUGUUGAGCUCUUGAUAUUCCCUUCAAAUCAGCUCCCUGAAAAUUCACAACAUUGGAAUAUGCUGUUUUUCCUAUGGGGUGUGUUUAGGGGGAAGAAAGUAAAUUGUUCAGAUGCAUUGAAGACUUCAAAUAUCCCUAGUACAGAAGCCGUGCCUUUAGACAAGAACUUCCCUGAUACGACAGCCACAAAGACUGAUGAUUUUUGUUCGGCCAAGUAUGUAGAUGAAGAAAUAUUUGUUUGUAAUAGUCCCAAAUCAGGCAAAGCAUCCAGUUUGGCCGGCCAAACUUCUGACGCAACUCGCGCUGAUGGUCACAAAUGUGAAACUUCUGUUCACCAGACACAAUUAAAUUCCCUAGAAAAUUCAGGCCAUCAGGUUGAUCAGUUUGUCGUACCAAAAGCAUCGCCAUUGUUAUCUACUAGUAUGGAAUUUUGUCAAGGAUCCGCUAGCUCUGCCCCCAUGAAGGAAUCUGGUCGUUCAGAGAGCAUACAAGGCGAGCAAUUUGAACCAUCCAUUCAAGUUAAAGAAAUUGUAGGAGUUCAUGAUAAUAAGAACGUGAAGCUGGACUUUGGUGCAGCGGAAGAUAUGCCAACAUUAAUCAAGACCAUUGAUGACGUGAAAAAGACUAGUACUGGAGAGAAAAUCUUAGAUAGAUUGGUUUGUGAAGGAGAGAAAGUUACACUCCAGACAGUAGAAGGGAAUUCAGACUCCGAAGGUCUUUUGAAAAGAGAUUUAAAUACCGAAGGAAUCCAUUGUCUAGACUCCCAUCUCAGAAAACGCCAACAUAUCGAAAUAUUUGAGUCGAGAGCUCCAGUUUCUAGUGGUGCUAGUCAAUGUACUUCUUGGGAUGAGGCGGAUUGUAUAGUGCUGGAUGAAGAGCAUGUAAGCAAAAAGACGAAGACGGGCUUUGGUAACUCGUAUGACAAUAGUUGUAGUUCAGGUGGUAUUGGUCCCAUGUUUCUAUUUCAGAAAAAGCGAGGUGAUAAAGUUUGUGAUAUGAAUGUUAUUCCAGAAAAUUUUGAAACUGCUGAAAAGCACUUCUUUCCUGUGGAAUCACAUCAAAUAGAGGAUCACCACCUAGAUCUUCCAUCCAAACCUGAGGACCGAUAUCAUGAUGCAGUGCCGAACCUUGAGCUUGCAUUGGGGGCAGAGACUAAACUACAAAAGAAGAGUAUGAUCCCUUUCUUUAUGGAUUUAGUGGAUGAGAAACAUAACCACUGUGAGUCCUCAGAAAAGAUGAUUGAUGGUGAAGAAGAAGACGACUCUGCAUCCCUAACAUUGUCUUUGUCGUUCCCAUUCCCAGAGAAGCAGCAAUCGACAAAAACCGUUACGAAAUCAGAACAGCUUCUACCCGAUCGGCGGCAUGUGAACACUUCACUGAUUCUCUUCGGGGGUUUGUCAGAGAAAUAGGCAUGAUGUUGUAGUUACGCUCGUGUUUGUGUUGUCGAAUUUGGAUUCGAUCGACAAAAUGUAUACCAGGUUAGUUGAUCUUUCAAGGGCUCUCUUAUGCAAGAACCCGCUUUCCAUCUGUUCAUAUUCCUCUCCUCAAAAGUAUAUACCAGUAAUUAUUUCACCUUGUUCUGUUUCUGGGUUAUGCUGUUAGUUAUUCACAUCAUAUUUGAGCACUUUUGAGUUUAAGAUCAGAAUUGCGGCCGUUUGUAUAUAUAAGUAGAAUGGAAACAGAAAUAAUAUUUGCUUGUUAACAGUCGCGGGUGUUAGAGACCCAUAUAUUCACCUUA